AUGGCGACCACAAGCAUCCAAAGCCACAUAUCGCACUACACGACCCUCCUCCGCCAGAACUACAGGCCAAUCUACCCAGCGAUCGUGGCUGGUGUGCUGACGUCGCUUGCGCUCGGCCGCGCCGCCUACAAUGACUACAAGGUCUACCUGAGCUAUGGCCCCGGCGGCAUGCCAUACAACGUGGGGGGCUGGCUGUUCACAUCGACGAUCGUACGCAUGCUCAGUGUCAACAUGUUCGACGUGCGGGAUUUGGACAAGAGUCCGGACCAGAGGACUUGGCUUGGCAAGGAUUGGCCGACUGGGAACAGGAGUGGUGUGAGGCCGAUGAUGGGUCCGCAUCCCAUUCCCCAAAGACAACUGGAUCAGCAUUCGUCUGCUGAGGUGCAAGAGAAAUUCCUGCUCGGCUUCCGCGCCCUCGUCGAGCAAUAUCCGACACUCGUCGCGUCAAAGACAUCAAACUACGAGCGCCACGCUGACGCACUGUGGGUGCACGACGCGCACCCGACCUGUGCACUCGGCGAGGGCUACUCGCGGGAGAUCACGCACAUCCACCAGAACACCGACUACAGCGCACAUGUCAUCGUUGCCCCCAAGGAUGCCGCGAAGAUCAUCAACUCCGGCUGGGGCCAGCUGCAUGGCUGGGCCGGCGUGAAGCCGCUCGGGAAGAAGCUGCUUCCCAGGCAGUAUGUCCUGCUUUAUGCACCGAGGACGGAGGACGAGGUUGAGAUAUUGCUUGGGGUUGUGAGGGCUAGUGUCGGGUAUAUGACUGAGUCGGAGGAGUUGAUGGUGUCUUGA